UCACUUCAUUUUUUUCAGCUCCUUAAAAUCUCAUGGCUUUAACCUCGAAUUCAAACUCGCCCACGAUCCGUCUCUUUCUCUUCUUUUCUUUCUUCGAAAAGUUUGGUGGACCUUUGGAUUUGGCAACGGUGAAUGACUUCGCUGACUCAAGUCACAACUUGAUAGUAGCAGCUGAUGUGUUUGCAUCUGAUUUGAUUAAGAACGUUACUACUGAAUGUGGAGUUGAUUUCGAUAAGGAUUCAUCGACAAUGGUUAUUGAUCACAAAAGCUAUGUAACUUUUGGAACUAAAGAUGACCAUACGUUGAUUGCUAGUGAUGAUUUUAUCCAAUCUGAUGUUGUUUUUGGAAAAACCAAAAUCGAGGCGCCAAUACUUUUUAAAGGGAUUGCACAUUCAAUAAAUAUGGCUAAUGGCCUAAUUUUAAAGGUGUUUUUUGCAUCUUCUUCAGUUUAUUCUACUAACCCAAAAUCCAAAUUGUUGAGGCCUCCAUUGCUUACUAGAUCUACCAUUUCGUUGGCCUCAGUUGUGCAAGCUAGAAAUAAUGCUCGGAUCAUGAUCACUGGCUCCCUAAAUUUGUUCAGUAACCAGCUGUUUAAAACUACUAUGCACAAAGCUGAGAGCCUGUUUAAAUUUGAAAAAUCAGGUAAUGAGCAGUUUGUGAUAGAAAUUAGCAAAUGGGUUUUUCAUGAAAGGAGGCACUUGAAUCCGAAGUAGUUCGAUCUGUUGUUUACUUGAAAUCAUGUUGAAAACUGUGGUUGGAGAAGAAACACAACUCCAGCUAGCUGAGGAUCGUUUCGCCCAAUCUUCAAUUCCUGCCCAAGUUGGUUUGGUGAUAGAGAAACUCAGCGCCACUCUCGAUCGAGGCUUCGUGUUCGAUUCAAUACCCACUUCUCAAAACGAUGCUGGACAACUAGCUUGUUCGAUUUUGAAGCCAGCUAAAGACAAUAAGAAAAAUGGUUCGAAACCUAAAUUUUAGAUAUUCGAUUCUUCCUCUUUGGUCAUUGACAAGGAUUGGGUCAUUGAACAUGCUCGUCGAAUGUCAAGAAUGAUGGUGGGUGGAAUCAAAGUAGUGGGUAUUUAUGUGUGGGCUAGUGAGGUCACGUUCAAGAAUUCUACCAUGAUGCUUUGUCAGACUGUAAAAGGAGUUGUAGAAGCAGCAUCCUUUUUGGAAGAUGACAUUAAUGAAAGAUUACCUAUUCACAUAUGUUAUAA